GCCUGGAAAGAAAAACUCCUCCUCAGACUUGGAGCUCCCUUUGCACUUCCUCUAACUCCAACAGAUAUAACCUCACACACUGACAGACUUUGAAAGCAGAGGAAGACGGUGUCGCAUUCAGAGAACAUCAGCAAACUCUUGGACUUUUGGACUUAAGGAUGUUGCAGUGUGUGUGUGUGUUGCUGCUGGCAGCCUCAGCUCUGAGCCACCUGGAUCAAAGCUCUCUGGACAGCCAGUGGGAAGAGUGGAAGAUUACACACAGGAGAGAAUACAACGGCCUGGAUGAAGAGGGGAUCCGCCGGGCCAUUUGGGAGAAGAACACGCUGAUGAUUGAAGCCCACAACCAGGAGGCAGCUCUGGGGAUCCACUCCUACGAGCUGGGCAUGAACCAGCUGGGCGACAUGACGUCAGAGGAAGUGUCCGAUAAGAUGACCGGCCUGCUGGUCCCGAUGAACCGCGAGCGCAGCUUCAGCAUGGUGCUGGACGACAGGGUGUACAAGAUUCCCAAAUCUCUUGACUACCGCAAGAAGGGCAUGGUGACUCCAGUGAAGAACCAGGGUUCCUGCGGCUCCUGUUGGGCCUUCAGCUCGGCCGGGGCCCUCGAGGGCCAGUUGGCCAAAGCGACUGGUAAGCUGCUGGACCUCAGUCCCCAGAACCUGGUGGACUGCGUCAAACAGAACGAUGGCUGCGGUGGAGGAUACAUGACCAACGCCUUCAAGUACGUUGAGGAAAACGGAGGCAUCGACUCUGAGGAGUCGUACCCGUACGUCGGAGAGGACCAGCCGUGCCGCUACAAUUCAUCAGGCAUGGCGGCGCAGAUCAAAGGCUACAAGGAGGUCGAAGAGGGCAAGGAGCAGGCGUUGGCAGCCGCUCUGUUUAAGGCCGGUCCGGUCUCUGUGGGCAUCGACGCCACGCUGGGAACCUUCCAGUUCUACCAGAGAGGGAUUUACUACGACCGCAACUGUAACAAAGACGACAUCAAUCACGCCGUGCUGGCAGUGGGCUUUGGCGUGAACGGCAAGGGGAAGAAAUUCUGGAUUGUGAAGAACAGCUGGGGCGAGACCUGGGGCAAGCAGGGCUACAUCAUGAUGGCGCGUAACCGCGGCAACCUCUGCGGCAUCGCCAGCCUCGCCAGCUACCCCAUCAUGUGAAGAGGACUAGAGACACUGCUCCACACACAACGCAGAGGUUCCUUCCGACAUGUCAGCGACAGUAACCCGGGUUUUAAACAUCUGUUUGAACUACAAGGAAAAGGAAUUAUAAUUGGAAUGAAUCUCUUAAAAAGGAAUAAAUGUUGUGUGAAGUCUUAGAUUGUAAUAGAGAACAUUUGGUUAUCUUCUUUGAAGCACUUUGAACCUCAGCUGUAUGUUGUAACAGCAGAGCUCCACACACAGACGCACCUCCAGGCAGGGCGCGCUGACGCCAGAACACAUGUUGGUGCCAAGUUAUAUCCAGACCCACCGGGCACAGCCAACAUGGCACAGCUGUCUGUUCGUCGGGGAACGUUUCAUUCCCUUUAGCUUUGAGUACAGUGUCUGUGUGUGUGUGUGUGUGUGUGUGUGUGUGUGUGUGUGAGGACGAACAGGACACGUUGCUGGGCAACGUUCCUCUACGACCGUCACCAUCUUUAUCUUGUGUUUUUGUUCAGCACUUUUCAGAUGAUCAAACUCUAAACUGCUGUUUUCUGUGAAUAAAGGUUCAUUUUGAA